GUCUUGAUUCUCUCUCUCUCCCAUGGGCAUUCCGUCCCAACAAGACAACAACCUUUGUCACUAACUUCAAUGUCCCUCCAACACUUUUCUCACUGAUUUUUGUCUUCAAGCUGCGCUUGGCAACAAACAUGCCUCAUCUCCCUUCUCAUUCUUCUCCUCUAACUUGCUCAUCGACCCUUUUCAUCACCCUCAUCCUCGUAUGCAGCCAGCCAAAUCGAUCUGCCGCAGCCGCAGCGGCCGCCAAUGCCACAGGCCGCCACCGCCAGAUGUCGUUGGACUAUUACACCAAGUCGUGCCCCCAGGUUGAGCAACUUGUCGCGUCAGUCACGAGCCAACGGUUCAAGGAAGUGCCGGUCUCCGGGCCGGCCACCAUCCGGCUCUUCUUCCAUGACUGCUUCGUUGAAGGAUGCGACGCGUCGAUACUGAUAUCGAGCAAGCCGGGAAGCAAGGAGUUGGCCGAGAAGGACGCGAUUGAGAACAAAGAUUUGAGGGUGGAGGGAUUCGAGACGAUCGCGAAAGCCAAGUCCUUGGUGGAAAAUAGAUGCCCCGGGGUCGUUUCUUGUGCUGACAUUCUUGCAAUCGCCGCCAGAGACUUCGUCCACCUGUCUGGCGGUCCGUAUUACCAAGUGAAGAAAGGAAGGUGGGACGGGAGGAUCUCAAUGGCCACGAGAGUGCCACCUAAUAUCCCGCGUGCAAACUCAACCAUCGAUCAGCUCCUCAAGCUCUUCAACUCCAAGGGCCUAACCCUGGAGGACAUGGUGGUCCUCUCCGGCGCGCACACGAUCGGGUUUGCGCACUGCGAGCAGUUCUUGAGCCGCCUCUAUGACUACAACGGCAUGAAGCAACCCGAUCCGAUGCUCGACCCGAAGCUCCUGAAGGCCCUGAGGAUGUCGUGCCCGCACUAUGGGGGGAACAAGGACAUUGUCGCGCCGUUCGACGUGACCACGCCGUUCUUGUUCGACCACACGUAUUAUGCGAAUCUCGAGGCCAGGCUAGGCCUACUCGCCUCGGACCAGGCCUUGUUCGCGGACCCGAGGACAAGGCCCGUGGUGCAGGACUUGGCCAAGGAUAAGCAGAAGUUCUUUCAAGCUUUUGGAGCUGCGAUGGAGAAGAUGGGGUUGAUUGGGGUCAAGAGGGGGAGGAAGCAUGGGGAGAGGAGGAGAGAUUGUAGCUUCCAUGAGUGAAUGUGAAUGCUUUCUUCCUUGGUUUUCAAAUUUCAUGUUGUUUUUUUUAUUGGAUUUGGGUUUGGGAUAUGUUGAGUUUGAUGGGUUGGAGUUGAUGUGGAGUUGUAGGUGAGACCUUGUGAAUGGACGAGAGUUGUAAGAAUUUAGGAGAGUUUGUGCAUACUUUGUGCACAUUCACUUGUUCAUUGUUGACUUUGACUUUGUUCUUACAUCUAAUUGGGAUUAACUUCAUUUGAUCA